UGUGAGAAAAAGGAGGAAAGAGAAGGAAAGCGGGAGGGGGGCAGAUCGAAAGAGAGAGAGAGAGAGAAAGAGGGAGGGAGCUUCUGGGAGCGAUUCUGGACCACCACUGAAACACUGCAGUCUUUCUUUUGCUUCUCUGAGGAAACAGUGUUCCCCUUCUGGCUGCCUAACUCUCCUUCUUACUCAUUCUUCUAUGGCUGCGUUGCUAUGACCCUGAUGGACACCUUGAUCUCCUUACCCACCUAGAGAAGAGGAGAAACAAGCUGUAGCGGAGGAGGGGGAAACAAGAGGAGUCGACACCACACACUUUGCCUCUCUGAUGAGAGUCUGGAAAUUAAUUACCCGCCGUCAGCGCAGAGGGGGAGCGCAGAGAGGGGCACGCUUGAUAGAAUAACUGAGUUGAAGAGGUGACUUCUAUACGUGUGGAGAAUAGGCUGGGAAGAGGCGCAGAGUAACCUCUGGCCACUUCACAGAAACAAAAAGGGACAAGUUUGGGUUGACGCGUGAAGCGAGGAGGAAAUUAGGCAAGGCAGUAACUCCACAGGGAUAGCACUUUAGGAAGCCAUAGAAUGGUCCAGUCUCAAGCGUCCUUCACCUUUUCAUCCCUCCUACCAACCUUCCUCUUACAUCUAUAGGGGCAUCCUCAACUCUCAUCUCCUUGUGUUUUAUUAAAUCUUCCUUUUUGCAUGUCAGCAAAAGCACCUCAUCAGCCACAUUCACAUGCUGAACACUCACAUGCACCUAGGAUCAGAGCGCUGUGUUGCAUUCUCAGCCAUCUCAUCAGCUACUGAGUGUAAGAAGUUAAUAUAGCCACUGUAGAGGUGUCAUUAGUUGCUGGAUAUGAGCACCUGUUCUGGAACUUCUCAUGAGAUCAGGUAGGACAUUUCUGGAUCAUUUUGGCUGCUCCACGCAGAUGGGGAUGUGUUAAGCUCUUUGGUCAUUCCCCUGAUUGAAGCAUUAUGAGAUGAAACUGCAGACCGGCUUAUCUCACAGCACACGUCACCUGUGUUUGAGGGAUUACGCUAGGGGAAACAGAGUUGCAGAUUUUACAGGUGGUGUCCCCAGUGUGUGCCAGGUUUGCUGCUGAAUGUAAUGACUCUAAAGGAUUGAAGACAAGGUCAGUUUAGGUAGUGGGACCAUUUUAUGGAAUAAUUGAACCAGCAGCUCCAGUGUUUGUCAGAGGGUCAUAAUUAUCUCAAAGUCUAUUGCUCUGCUCUCGGGGGAGUGACUCCUGGUACCUUAUUGUGGACUAACCUCAAAGCUGAAGCACACAGAGUGAAUAUUAACCACUUUCAAAGGCUGAAUAAACUCCCACAAUGAGACGCUCAAGCACAGAUGAAACCCCGUACCGACGUAGUCCAUCUCUGGACAGCAAACCUGACACUCCACCAUUCACUUCUGGUUUUCACCGAUUCAGUGGGGAGUUUGAGUAUAAGAGACCUCCUUUUGCUUUCGGCUUUCACACAACAAAGGGGCCAAAGAACUCCAACGGGCGCUACGCCCAGGGAAAGAAGUAUGUGGUGUUUUACCUGGACCUCUCCUUCAUAUUCCUUCUAGAACUGCGGCGCUGCAGGAUGGCUGAGGGUUGCAUGAUGGCCCUGCGCUAUGGAAUGGUCUUCUUCAACCUCCUUUUCUGGUUGGGAGGAUGUGGCAUCCUGGGGGUAGGAAUCUGGCUCUCGGUGACCCAGGGAAACUUUGCCACACUGUCUUCAUCCCUUCCCUCCCUGUCGGCAGCCAACCUGCUCAUCGCAGUGGGGACAAUCAUCAUGGUGAUCGGAUGUCUGGGCUGCGUGGGAGCUGUCAAAGAAAGCCGCCCUCUGUUGCUGGCGUUCUUCAUCCUACUUCUACUGAUUUUCUUCUUGGAAAUUCUGUCCAUCAUGCUUUUCUUCAUCUACCAAGAUGAGAUUGAUCACUACGCUCAGAGGGAUUUGAAGAAGGGCCUGCAGCUUUUCGGGACUGAAGGCAAUGUUGGUUUGACCAACGCCUGGAUGAUCGUACAAACUGAUUUUCGCUGCUGUGGAGUCACCAACCAUACAGACUGGUUUGAGGUUUAUAAUGCCACUCGAGUGCCAGACUCUUGCUGCCUGGAGUACAGUGACAACUGUGGACUGGACAACCCAGGAACUUGGUGGACUGCUCCAUGUUACGAGCGAGUAAAGGACUGGCUAAACGAGAACCUGGUGGCACUUUGGAUCUUUGCUCUAUGCACAGCUCUCACUCAGAUCCUGGGUCUGGUCUUCUCUAUGACAAUGUUCUGCCAGACAGUGAAAGUAGAGACUUUCUAUGCCUAGUGAUCGACCCGUCUGCCCUUCGGCGUACUCGGAUUGUUUCUCAUCUGAUAGGGACUCCAAACCCCAAACAACCCCCACCCCCCCAGCCUCGCGUCCUCCCUCUUCUUUGAAAAACUUUUUUUUUUCCCCAAGCUUGUCCUCUGUGUGACAUUUGCUCCAGGAUGUCACCAGUUCACAGUAUUCCUGCUAUCAACCAGCUCAGUGUUAUCCCUUAGUCAUGUUUUGCUCUGUGUUAAAAGCUAAUUUUUGUGAUAUAUUUUACUGAAAAGUAUAACAAACCUGUAUAAAACAAUGUAACCCCUUUUUUAAAUAUGUGUAUUGCUUAAAUUAUUUUAAGAUUUGUUUGUGUUUUGAAAAUAGGAGCUCCAGCUGAGAAAAGCGCACUGGGUUUAGUGCUGCAAAUGCAUGUCUCCUGCAAUGAUGUGAAUUAAAUGUUUUGAGUCGACGAAUCAGCACACGUCAUGUUUUAAUUUCUAAUGCAGGAGAAGCUGAACGUCUUUAAUGUUCUGUUAAACCAGCGGCUGAUAAACAAGAAGAAUCUCAUACAUUUCUCAGGAAGCAGUGCUUAAAAUACUAAAUUCAGUCCCUCUGCUA